UUCAAAUUGAUCCUCUGUAUUUUCUGGAUAUAUUUGUUUUCUGAUUGAGAAGUAAAACAGCCUGAAACCUGCUCAUCUGCUAAGUUACCAAAAAGCGAUCACCAUGAGCGACAACACACCAAAGGCAGAGAACGUCAAUAUCAAGGCCCUCCCGGUUACUCUCCUGUCAGGGUUUUUGGGAAGUGGCAAGACAACCCUGCUUGAACAUAUUCUCAAAUCAACCGACCAUGGCUUGAAGAUCGCUGUCAUUGUCAACGAUAUGGCUUCGCUGAACAUUGACGCUGCUCUGAUCACUCAUCACAAAGUAUCCCAAACUCAAGAGAAGCUAAUCCAGCUACAAAAUGGAUGUAUAUGUUGUACCCUCAGAGGGGAUUUACUCUCCGAACUCGCACGCUUGGCUCGAUCCGAGGGCUCUGUAGACUACGUUGUGAUCGAGAGCACAGGCAUCAGCGAGCCGAUGCAAGUCGCGGAAACAUUUACUGCGGAGUUCAGCUCAGCUAUGAUGGAGAUCGAUGUGGAGCAGUUAGACGCAAAUGGACAAGAAGAAAGACGAAUUCUUAUGGAGGUGGCGGAAAUGGGAGGGCUGCAUAACCUUGCCACUCUGGACACCACCGUGACCGUCAUUGAUGCCUUCAAUCUGUUUUCCAAUUUCCAUACCCCUGAAUUUCUCUCUGACAGAUAUGGUUCCAAAGAAAUUGCACCAGAGGAUGAACGAACAAUUUCCGACCUAAUGGUUGACCAAAUUGAAUUCGCGGACGUCCUCAUCGUCAACAAAAUUGACACUGUGAAAGAAGAAGUUCAAGUCAAAAUACGUGAACUAAUCAAACUUCUCAACCCUGAUGCCAAGGUAAUUGAGACUAGCUUCUCCAAGGUUGAUGUCAAGGAGAUUGUGCAAACGGGGAGGUUUAAUUUCAUCAAAGCGGCCUCCGGUGCAGGAUGGUUGAGGAGUCUUCAUGAAAUGACUAUGCUGAAUACAACUGAUGGGAAGAAACGAAUGGCACCAAAACCGGAGACCAUAGAAUACGGGAUCAACAACUUCGUAUACUCAGCACGGCGCCCAUUUCAUUCCCGCCGGCUAUUUGCUUUACUUCAGGAUAAAUUCAUUCUUCUACAAGGCCGUGAGAAUGAUGACGAUGGUGAGGAAGAAAACGAUAUGGACGACGAAAAUAUGGAAGAAGACGAGGAUGAAGGCGAUGACAGAUCAGAGAUCGCGGAAUUUGACCAGCUCGAUCCCCCCGUAAUUCUAGCUAACAAAAAAGCCCAUCCAGCCUUUGGGCCGGUUCUACGUUCAAAGGGAUUCUUCUGGCUGGCCACUCGCGGUAUGCAAUUCGGAGAAUGGAGUCAAGCCGGUGGUAUUUUGACUGUCAGUUGCGGCGGUGUCUGGUUCACAGAGCUUCCCCGCGAGUUAUGGCCAGAGGAUAAGGAUGUAGUCGAGUCGAUUCAACGUGACUUUUCUGGUGAAUGGGGUGAUCGAAGGCAGGAGAUUGUGUUUAUUGGCGAAGGAAUUAAUUGCGACAAGAUCUCAGAGGUAUUGGACAAGUGUCUGCUGACUGAUAAGGAAAUGAAACAGUGGGAAAGAAUAAUGCGAAACCCAAAGCUGUCCCCAGCUGAAAAGGAAGAGGCGUUAAAUGAUUUGUGGGAGGAUGGAUGGGAAGAUUGGCCAGAUGUUGACAUUGUUGACGUAGAUGAAGAUGAGAUGGAAGUCGAUACCAACAAUGAAGGUACUAAAACUGGUCAAAAACAUAGGAUCAGUGAGCAUAUUGGCAACGGACAUAAACAUCAUGGCCAUGCUCACAGUCAUGCUCACACCCAUACUCAAGGCCAAAUGGUUAAGGCCUAGAUUUGGAGACGGUAAUACUACGGUAUAAAUGAGCGAACAUCAAAGUCACCU